AUGCUGAAAGAUGUUCGUGGGACAGCAGAUGAAAAUGGGGGGUGCCUGGGCAUGUUUGCCUGGCGGCUCCUCCCCGCUGCAGCCAGCGGCAGUCGGCUGGCGCAGCGCGCGGGGAGAGCAGCCGGCAGCAUCGGCGCCUGGACACUGCGGCUCCCUACGUCACAUUAUCUGGGUGCAUCAAUGAGGAGUCCAGGGAUGGCUGUGUUCAAACAACAGAAGGUGGAAGACGUUUAUGAAAUUGGGGAAGAGCUAGGAAGUGGCCAGUUUGCGAUAGUGAAGAAAUGCCGAGAGAAAAGCACUGGAGUAGAAUACGCUGCUAAAUUCAUUAAGAAGCGUCAGAGCCGGGCCAGCCGCCGGGGGGUGAGACGUGAAGAAAUCGAGCGGGAGGUGAACAUUCUGCAGCAGAUCCUGCAUGCCAACAUCAUCAAGCUGCACGACGUCUACGAGAACAGGACAGAUGUGGUCCUUAUCCUCGAGCUAGUGUCUGGAGGAGAACUUUUUGACUUCCUGGCACAGAAAGAGUCUCUGAGUGAGGAGGAAGCAACCAGAUUCAUUAAGGAGAUUUUAGAUGGUGUUAACUACCUCCAUGCCAAGAAAAUUGCUCAUUUUGAUUUAAAGCCUGAAAACAUUAUGCUUCUAGACAAGAAUAUUCCCAUUCCACACAUAAAAGUCAUUGACUUUGGCCUCGCUCAUAAAAUAGAAGAUGGAGUUGAAUUUAAGAAUAUUUUUGGGACACCAGAGUUUGUAGCUCCAGAAAUAGUGAACUACGAACCACUUGGGCUAGCUGCAGAUAUGUGGAGCAUAGGAGUCAUCACCUACAUACUGCUCAGCGGUGCAUCCCCUUUCCUUGGAGAAACAAAGCAGGAAACUCUCGCCAACAUCACAGCGGUGAAUUACGAAUUUGAUGAGGAAUUCUUCAGUCACACCAGUGAUCUGGCAAAAGACUUUAUCCGGAAACUCCUGGUGAAAGACACACGGAAACGGCUCUCAAUUCAAGAAGCUCUCACUCACCCUUGGAUAACGACUCACCAGUUGAUAGAAGAAACAAAAGUCCAAGAAAACAAGAAGGCUGAGAACAGUCAGAUGAAGACAAAACGUCUGAAAGAGUACACCAUCAAGUGCCAUUCAAGUAUGCCACCAAAUAACACCUAUGUCAAUUUUGAGCGCUUUGCCCGUGUGGUAGAAGACAUUCCUCUGAUGGAACGUGGUUUCAGCACUCUGACCAUGUCCCACGACUCCCUGCAGGAGGACAUCGAUGCUCUGGUUUCCAUAUAUAAUGAAAAAGAAGCUUGGUACAAAGAAGAAAAUGAAAAUGUGAGACACAAGCUUUCACAGCUCAAGUAUGAGCACCGUAAAAUUGAAUCCCUGAAGAAGCAUCUGCAGGAUGACAUCAAGACUGUAGGUUCUAGUCUUGCAAGUGUCACUGGGAAAUACAUUGAUCUAAAGUCUCAGUAUGAAUCUCUGAGUCAGGAACUUUCUGAGGAACUCAGGUGGAUCCAGGAUUUAAUGAGUAGUUUUCAGCUGGAGAAUGGAAAUGAUGCAUGUGUGAAUGGAAACUUUGGUUCUGUUUUCAACAAAGAUACUAAUGAAUCACUAAUGGAGCUGUUAAAUAGAUCUUGCUGUGAAGAAUUCCUUGCAGGCUUGAAUCUUGAUGUUGCAGAAUCAAGUCAGUGAUGGUAAAUAGGCAAAAAUCUGCGUUAGAACCCCUAUCUUGCUGUCUGUCUGUCUCAGUGUGCAACAGUAAGAAAUCAUCUCAGUUUGUGACUUCAGAACAAAACCAUCACUUAUGCAUUAAAACAGAAAUAUGGAAAUGUUGACCAAAAGCCUAUACUCUGCAGUGGUGUUUGUGCUGAUGUUGUGACCAGCACAGUUCCUGAACCCUUAGAAUUAGAAAUCACUUUGUUUUAGGGCAUGUGUAACCCUGCAGUUAUUCUGCACUAACAUUAUAAUAAUAUGUAAACAUACAAGUCCUGAAAAUUAUUAGGUAAUUCACUUGAAAUGAAAUAGUUUUUCACUCCUUAUUUACCAGAUUACAUAUGCUUUGAAGUCUAUAAAAUCGCCUGGUAGCAUUCUUGUUUGGAUGAGGGAAAUAGUCU